UCUAUCUCUCUCACACACACACAUCUCUCUCUCACACACACACAUUCAUUCAUUCAUUCAUUGCUGACAUUCUCAGUGGUAUACUGUGUUGUUGAGGUUGCUUGCUUCUGUUAGUAUAAUAAGCUGAUUAAUUUUGUGAAGAAACAAGAAGGGUUCCAUUUGUGAAAAAGGAGAAAGAAAGAAAGAGAAAUGGCGGCGAAAAUAGGUAUGAUGGAUAGUGCUUACUUUGUCGGAAGGAAUGAGAUUCUCUCAUGGAUCAAUGACAGGCUUCGACUUAAUCUAACACGGAUCGAAGAGGCUGCUUCUGGAGCUGUGCAGUGUCAGAUGAUGGAUAUGAUUUAUCCAGGAGUUGUUCCGAUGCACAAGGUGAACUUUGAUGCGAAGACAGAGUAUGAUAUGAUCCAAAAUUACAAAAUCCUUCAAGAUGUGUUUAACAAACUAAAGCUUGAAAAGAAUAUUGAAGUGAACAGGCUUGUUAAAGGUAGACCACUGGAUAACUUGGAGUUCUUGCAAUGGAUGAAACGUUACUGUGACUCAAUAAGGGGUGGAAUCAUGAAUGAAAAUUACAAUCCAGUGGAGCGUAGAAGUAAGGGUGGUAAGGAACGAGGUGCCAAGGGUUCACAGAAGAACUCGAGGUCAUUGGAGGUGAACAGUAUGAAUAACAACUCAUCACCUGUUGAUGGAUUCAACAAGAGUUAUGCUGCUGAUUCAGGAAUCCGGCAGGGAAAAUCUGAUAUGACUACCACCACUAGGGAAGAUCAUUGUGAGGAGAUCGAGGCUUUAUCCAAAGAGGUCAUGGACCUUAAGCUCUCAGUGGAGAUGCUGGAAAAGGAAAGAAAUUUUUAUUUUGGAAAACUAAGGGAUAUAGAAAUCCUUUCUCAGAGUUCUGAAUUGGAGCAUCUUCCGAUGUCAGUGGAGAUCAAGAAAAUACUGUAUUCUGUUGAAGCAAAGGAUUCAGCAAUCACAGAAGAUACAGAAAUAGCUGCUAAUGGCAAUGAAACUAACAUGCUUGAUGAAAAUACCGAUAAGAACUGAAUGAGAAACAGAAAAAUUCUUGAUUCGAUAAGAUUCGAUAAGGAAUCUAACGAGCCUAGUUCAUGACCGAGUUAAGUAGUAUUCAUGAAGUAAAACAAUUAGAUCACGAUAACCCUUUUUCUUUUGUUAGAUAUGCCAGGCUCUAACAUAUCUCUUUCGAGUAGUGGUUUAGAACGACUUUUGUUUGUUUGUUUUUUCUGUGAUUGUCGCAAGUAGAAAUGAAUUGAUGAUUUUUCGAGAAUGUUCAUUGUGAUCAAAGGCAAGAAGUUGGGGCAUAUAAUGGGUGAAGUUCAGAA